AUGAAUAAGGCAAUCACGACGGCAUAUGAUGUCCAUUCCAAAAUACUGGAGGAAAUAGCUGGGGAUCACUUUCACAUCGGCUUCUAUGACUCUAGCACCAUUAUCCCAGGUUCUGACGUCCAUUCUGCUCAGACUCGUACAAUUGAGGCGGCCCUUCGUUUUGCCUCUGCAUCAGAGGAUCCAUCUAAGAAACCAAGAAACAUACUUGAUGUUGGCUCCGGUAUUGGUGGCAGCACCAGGUACCUAGCAAGCAAAUAUGAUGCUCAAGCUAAAGGCAUCACCCUAAGCCCUGUUGAGGCCGAAAGAGCUCGCGUUAUAACUGCUUCCCAAGGCUUAGAAAGCCAGUUGUGUGCUUGGUCAACUUUGGGGGCUUUUGUGUUUGUGCUUCAGAGUUCAGACGUGUAUUUGUAUAUUCAUCGUAUAGUUGUAGUUGCUUGA